UGGACAACUGUCAGGAAUAUUUUUGUUUAGAUAGGUAAACAAUAUUUGUUAAUAUUCUCGAGCAACGCGGUGCUUGCACGUAUCGCAGCUGUUUUGAUAACCAUGAACCACACGGACUUUUUCAAACACUUAGUCACGUGACUUCAGUCAGUUCAACUUGAAACCGUGAUUUUACAAAAUAAACAUUUCUUCCCUCGGGUCCCCUUUGAAAACAGAUUUCCAUAAUGUAUAAAUAAUUUUAUUUACACAUAUUAGUCUUCACUGUCAAAGGUUUGUCAAACAAAUCAAACCCGACAGUAUUUUAAGCUGUAUUCUGAUCAUGUGUACGACGCACCUAGCGCCAACCGCACAUGACCUUGACAAACUGGUGUGUAUGUAACGACAAUCUUACCUAACGUUGGUAAACCUCUAUACGCCAAUACGCCGUCGAAUAUUAUUGCCCGUGACCACGAAUUGUUUGUACAGUAUUAAACACCUGGGGAUGAAUAAUCGCACUCAUAUUUAGUUUUCAGUUUCGUAGAAUAUAAACAGCUGUACGAGUUGUAUAUUAUCAUGUGCAUUAUGCUACUGCUGCGUAAGGUCGCAUGUUGAGGGCCCCUGUGGUUAAGUGAUCAAUCACUCCACCUUCCACCAAGGCGAUUAGAAUUUUUUUAUUCCCGCCGGGAAUAUUACAUAAGUGGGAAACGUGGCGGACGUUGCUGUCAGCUCCCACGGUUGUACGCUAUCUCCAUCAAUGCAUUCGCUACUCCAUUCACAACGCUUCACACCUUGUGUGUCAUGAAAGUCGCGGAAAAGUAAGUAAACUGGAGGACUUUACGAAAGUCACGAAGAAAUACCUUAAUAAACAUAAAUGGCACUGGAAGACGAAAAUGUAAAUUUCAUCAGCCUUUUGCUGACUCAUGUUUUGUUUUUUAAGCCUCGCUUCAGUUUAUAUUAGCACUUGAAAUACGUAGGAUUUGGAGACUGUCUACUUAAAUCUCUCAAAAGGUUUUAACUAAAUUAAAAAUAUGUAUUACUGCAAACUGUACAAAAUUAGUAGAUUUACUUAUGUUCGAUUUUGAUUGUAUAAAGUUAAAAAUCACACUUUAAUUUUUAUUAAAAGGUUUAGAGAAAGACCUUUGAUUGAUUCCUCAGGUAGGCUUAUGUGUGAAUGUGCUACUACUGAAUAACUUGAAAACUAAAAAAAAAAGUUAGAAAUUCAGGAAUGGUUUUCCGUCGCGUACAUUCAUUGCAGGAAAAUGAAUGUAAAAUAGAUUUAGCGCAUAUGUAUGGAAGUUUAGAAAAAAAAAUCUCGUCGUUGCACAACUAUCUAAAAUUCUAGCGUGGGCCAGGUUUCUAAAUUUCCAAAAAUAUUUUAAACAACACGUUAACACUUUGGUGUAGGCCGACGUGUAUUUUAUUUUCCUCACUGCUGUUAAAAAAGUUUAGAACGAGUAUUUUCGGUGAGCUUCAGAAAAUUCAGUUUGACGUGUGCAGUAAACUUAAAUUGUCGCUUCAUGAAAGUGCCAUGUUACCACGCAGUACGACGAAAAUACCUAGUAAUUGAAACUGAACCAGUUGACCAUCUUUAUUAUGAAGAUGUUCCGAAGCAUUAGACGCUCUUCAAUGUCGCUCCUAUCGCGCCUUUGCCUCUGGGCCAGAUGGGCAGCCACUUGAUAACCCAGCGUGUUUCGUAGGCGCAUGCGUCAUCCUGCUUGCAAUGAUAAGCAGUGAAAGCUCGACUUGACUUUGUUAUACAGUGUUGCUAGUUUAAUAGCAUCUCACUUCUUUAGUUCACUCGUCGCGACAGAACUAGCACGAGUGUGAUCUUCGCUCUACUCUCUUGUCAUUACAGUGUGUUAUUGGACGUUGAAGUCUCCAUUAACAGAUGGUGUUGGACUCGAAAGGGGCGGCCCAGAGUGACUACGGCAGCUUCCAGACGCCCGGCGCUGCUCACGCCCACCACCACCCGGAGGUACAGAGCGGUCCGUCCAGCGAUGUCCCGGCGCUGAUCAGCGACAGCGUGAGACUGACGGGACUGACAGCAGACAUGACCCAGUCCGACAUCUACCAGAGACAGCCCUUGCUGCCGUCCAAUGGCAGCGUAGUCCACUCCCCCACCAGCGAGUUCUACGACUCGGACGACAACGUGGAUAGUUUGAGCGUGCAGCACAGGAGCGGUGGUGUGAGCAACGGAGUUAUCACCAUCGACAUUCCAACCCCGCAGCGGGAAGAGCCCCGCUUUCCUAAAGAGAAGUUUAAAUCUUUUAUAGCGUUCAUAAUACUCGUGGUGAACUUCAUCCUGACGACUGUGUCGCUGGCGCUCGUUCACGAACGCCUGCCCGACCGUGACAAAUACGGGCCUCUGCCAGACGUCGUGAUAGACAACAUCGUGCCACUCGACUGGGCGCUCAACGUGUCAGAGAUCCUCAUCGUGGUCUCCACAAACGUCACCGUUCUCGUCAUCCUCUUCCACAAGCACAGGUUCAUAGUGAUGCGGAGGGUGUUCAUGAUCCUGUCUCUCCUGUACCUGAUGCGGUCCAUCACGAUGUACGUGACGGUGCUGCCGCACUCGAGCAGAACGUACUACUGCUCGCCGAAGCUGAACGAGACGUCGACGCUCAUCAUCCUGAAGAGGGUGUGGCAGCUGCUGUCUGGCUUCGGCCUCUCCAUGAACGGGCAGCACACCUUCUGCGGGGACUUCAUCUACAGCGGUCACACUGUCAUCCUCACCAUGAGCUACCUCACCAUCGCCGAGUACUCGCCGAGGCACUGCUUCCCUCUGCACUGGGCGUCGUGGUGCUUCUCUGUCACGGGCGUGGUGAUGGUGCUGCUCGCGCACGCGCACUACACGGUGGACGUGCUGAUAGCCUACUACGUCACCACCACGCUCUUCUGGGCCUACCACACCAUGGCGAACAACGCCUGCCUCAAGCAAGCCGGACCGAACAACUUACUGGCGCGGAUGUGGUGGUUCCGGCUGUUCCUGUACUUCGAGCGGAACGUGGGGGGGCCGGUGCCCAGGAAGUACGACUGGCCCUUGCCCUGGCCCCGCCGGUGGCACGCCAAGCACCCCAACAGGAACAGUUAGUGCGAGCCCAGGUGUCGCUUCACCAAGCUGCCCGGGGACGUACCGAGUGCGCGGGUGGGCGACACGCUGGCGAUCGACCGGGCGUGAGGGAUGCUCGUCUUAUUUAUUGUCGUGUCAACUCGACAGUGUGUGGCUCUUGUCCCACGGAGCUAUUAUAUAUAUACAUACAUACGUUCACAUAAUGUGUACUAUAUACUAACGUAUUCUGUGAAUGGGCGGAAGGGCAGGGGUUUUCACGUGCACCGCUGCGUUUGUGGAAUCGAUGGUUCUCACCCUGAUAUGCCAGAACAUUUAUUUUAUAAUCAUACCACUGUAUUGUUAAGCUUUCUGCUAGUUGUGUUGGCGCUACGACGUUGGCGUGUACGUUUGUGGUAUGUCGUCUUCGCUGUUGUAUGUUGUUGAUAAGUUUUCUAUCAUUCUUUUUAAAGAUAUACUUAAGGUGCAUGCAUACACAUUAAUUUUACAAAUUACAUCUUCUUGUUAUCAAAAUAGUUUUAAAAUAUAUUUGGCAAUCACGUUAAUAUUUUUUAAAUAGCAGAACAUCAGAUUUUUUUCUUAACAUGCAUAGUACUGAUCAAGUGCAUUUAUUUAGAGUUGAAUAUUCACCUUACACAUGUAUGCAGUAACAAUAAUGGCAUGUAAUAGCAGCGGCUUCCUAUUACAAAUGUAAAUAAUCUGUGAUAAAUAUUGUAUUCUUAUCUGUGGCAGUCCUCAAGCUGAGGCUGAAAAUUGUAUAAAGGGAAAUAAUAUCACCUCUGGAAGAAAAAUGACCAGCAAAACUUUGUAUCUUUCUCUACCAAAUUGUUAUUUCAGAACUACUUAACCAGUUGCUUGCACAUAUGGUGUGGGGUGCACAGGUUUUCUUCGCCAUUUUGAAAACAGUUAGGCAACCUUGCAGUACACCCAUAUAAUCAUAAAACGAAUAUAAAAAUUUCUAAACAUGUGUUUAGAAUUAAAUUGUCUACACAUUGUCCGACAUCACACUCACUGUUUCUGAUUUUGUAAUUUUUUUUCCCCCAGCUAUACAGCAUGUCAGCUUUAGGUGUUUGCCCAGCUAUUAAAUAAUGGAUAUACAUUAUUGUAAAUUGUUUUAAUUUUGCUGGAAAUAUUAAUGUAUUUUGAUGAAGCUCUUGAGUAUGUAUAUUAUUAAUGUUGAAUUGUGAUUUUACUAUUUGGAUUUUUUUGAAGUCAGCCGCUUGCAAAAUGAAACUUAAGAUCUGGCCCUUGGUCAGUGUUUAAAAGACUUAUGAAGUAAACAUGUGAAGUAUGUACCUUGGUUUCUUUGUAGAAUUUAAAAUAUUUCUUUAUACUGAUACAAUUGGCUGUGGAAAGGUAAAAAAUAGGAUAGAUGUAGGUAGUUUAUCCUUUUGUAAUAGUGUUUGAUAGUUGUACCUCUCUUUCCUGUUGAAGCAUAGACAUCAGGGAAUUAGGUAAUCAAUGUUGUGAUAAAAUGAAAAUUAAAAAAAAAAAGCACAUUUUGUUUUAGAAAUGUGUUGAAUAAAUUUUAGCAUUACAUAAAUAUGAAAAAACUGAUUAUUUUAUUUUAUAUUGUGUUUUAUGAUCUUGUAAAAAAUUGUUUUGAGUUUGUGUGUGCAUGUGUGCAUUUGCUUUUUGUGUGGUUGUGGCCAUGGUGUUAAAAACAUUUUAUUGUUACGAUGCACGCUUUUAUCGUUGGAAACUUGUAAUGCAGCGCAUUGGUUGACAGGAUUGUGUUCAUAAAGUGUGUGCGAUUGAAAAAAAUGUUUAAAAAAAAUUGUCAUCCAACUUUCAUAAAGAAUACCUACAUUUUGUAAAUUAUUUUUAUCAAAACAUUUGUACUAAAUAUACUUUGUAUAUUUUUGUUCUUUAUAUUUUUUGGGUGAUUCUAAAGAAAAAUAUUUCUUUGUCUUACGUGUACAAUUAGGCCGCCAUUAUUACUAACACUUUUUUUUUAGUAUCUUUAAACAGGAAUCGGCACUUGCUGAAACUGUUUCUAUUACUGUUUGCUGACUUACGUUUUGUUGGUAAAAACUAAGAGGAAGGAAAGAGGGACCCCAGGAAUGGUUAACCUUCGUAAUGAGCAAGGGUGUUUGCUGGGGGAAUGGUAGGAUAUAUAUAUAUAUAUAUCCUCCACGAAAUUCUAAAACAUCUAUGAUAAUCUAUUAUUCUGACCAUCUAAAAGAAAGGAUUUCAAAGAUAACAGCGGGCAAAGUGGUUCAUUCACCCCCCCACACACACAAAAUUUAAAUUAUGCUGACACUCUUGAUAGUGAAGAACUAUUACAAAAAAUUUUAAAAUACAUGUUUCAAAUCAGCAUGAAAAAACACCACUCCACACUUUUUGUCUGAUUUAAUGCCAUUUUUAACUUGUAGUAGAAUAUACCAAGUACAGUAAAACCUCGUAUUUACGUUCUCGUUAUUUACGUUUUCCCGCAAAUAACGUCAUUUUAUGUAGGUCCGUUUUAUUGUAUAUUAACUUUCGUGUUGCAUUUUCCCUGAAAUUACACCGCUACGUAACCAAAAAACCCGGAAUGUACGUUUCAAAACACGGUAAAAAUGUAAAUACUCGUCACGUUAGUCAUAGAUGUGAAAAGUUUGAAGUAGUUCGCCUAUUGUCUGUAACCUUUCGUUUUGAUGUAUCGACAAGUUCUAUGGUGCCUCUCCUCUACUAACGUUUUAAUCUUUGCUGCCAUAGAGAACUUUCGUAGCAGAACCACAAACGGUUUUAUUUAUGGUGUCAUAGAGCACUCUCGUAGCAGAGCAUAGUCCGAAGCGCUGAGCUAUCGAUACUACCGGAAAGCGCUCAUACACAGUACGUAUAUUUAGUAGUGCUGCAUUAUGUACAGUACAUAUCUAUGAUGGCUUUCAUUGUUUACAUUAGUCAACGUCCGUUUUGGUUAGCACGUGUUUUUUUAUCGUUCACAAUAUUAUUUAUGGCAAGAUUUUGAUUGAAGAUGGAUAGGUAUAAAGUUCCACGAAAUACUUUAUCUAUUGAAGAUAAAAUUAAAAUUAUUGAGAAGUUUGACAAGCAUGUGGGUACCCGAGUGGUUUUGGCCAAGGAACUGAAUAUUCCUGUUAGUACUUUAAACACAAUAAUUAAAAAUAGGUAAAUGCUGAUACAUUUUUUUAAGCUAAAAUUUAGCAUUAACUGCCAAUAAAAGUGCUUUCCCACAAUUUACACUUUCCCGCAAUUUACACUUUUUCCUUGGGGCUCCUUGAAAAGUGCAAAUAAGGGGUUUUACUGUAUGCGUGUAAGCAACUGAGUUUUAUAACUACGAAAUAACCACAAUCUUCUAUGACUAUAGCUAGAGCCAAGAUUUUAUGGUGUUAUGAAAAAGUACUUUUCGUCAUUAAGAAUUGUGGAUUUCGUCUUUAUCGUCAUAAAAAAUUAAAACACAUGUAAUAACAUGUACACACCUAGCAGAGCUGCCUUGAUCAAAUGCUUCACUAAUUUUUGGUUAGAGACUUAAAAUAUGCACAUUAAACAAUAAAUACUAUGUUGAGAGUACAUAAAAAAUUAACAACUAAAAUAUUCAGAAUUCUUAUGCAGGUAAGUACUGUUCCUGAGUUCAGGAGAGAGUCUAAAUUAAUUAAAAUAGAAACUACAGUUAAACUUUUGUUCUAUAAAUGCAAUAUAAUUAAGCUCAGGAAAAAGCCACCAUAGUCAGCAGUUCAGCAUUCUCUGGUUUUAGAGAUCUUAUUCUGUCACUUACAACUACAGAAUACUUAGAAAAAGAUCUUUCUGAGUCCACAUUUGUUGCAGGUAUCCAUAUUAACUUUAAAGCAGCAGCUGCAAAUUCAGGAUAAUCCGCUUUCAUUUUACAUAGUAUGUCCACCAUGUCUAUGUAGUUCACAUGCGGUUUCUUCUGCUCUUGGGAAACCAGGUUUUGGAGUG